AUGGUUGACGCCCCGCCACCGAGACCAGCUCGGAGCCAAUCCUCCUCACGAGGCGUGGCGGUGGCUGCGUCUCAGAAAACUAAGCCGAAGAAUGCGCCAUUCAAGUUCCUACGCAAGGAUGAGGGGCGGCUGUCCUACACGUGCCAGGCGGACUCCCCAGUGUCAGGGAACAACCACGGCAACCAAUUCAACAUCAGCGGCCAUAACUACGCCAGCCGUGACAGCCCAUCAAGCGAGCGGCGCGUAUCUCGAUCACUGCGUGAAGCUAUCGCCAAUGACAUGCGCAAGGGAAAGAAUCAAGACCCGUUUGCGGCAGUUGUCAUUGCCGUACCAAAGCGUUCUCCGCCGCCCAAUCCCGCUGCACGUGACGAGGCACAAGGCUCUCCCGAUCCCCCACCUCUCCAGGAGCGUAGGACGACCCAGCGGCAGCAGCAGCAGCAACAGCAACCGCAACAGCAACAGCAACAGCAACAGCAACAGCAGGCCGCAAGGAAGCUCGAGUUGGUGGUAGAGGAUCAGGAUUUGGGCCCGAAUGGAGGGAUGGAGACGACAUCAAAGCCGCGGCAACGGUCACGUAGCUCCGAGGAUCCGGAGAGAUCAACAGAAGCACUAGGGCAGCGGUCCAGCGCGAACCCGAGCCACCCUACACCGCGACGGAGCGAUGACUACGACGACAUGGAAUGGCAGCGUCCGCCUCAGCGACGGUAUCGAGGCGAGGAGAUGAUGCUGGGUAACGGGAUUUCGCGCAAAUCCCCUGCGCGUCGGUAUUUGGAUCCUGUAGGCCAUGAGGAGGACUACCCGCGAAGUAGUCGAAAUUUUUUCGUGCGCCCACAGCGCCAAGGCUACCGUUCCACACGCGAAGAAGAAAAUUUGGUAGAGCAACUUGAAGAGGAGCUGCAGGCAGCUCAAGAAGAGCGAGGGAGAUACCAGCAGCUUAAAUUGCAGUUAGAGCGCGAUAGAAAGCGUUUUGAAGACUACCGCGUUGUUGUGGAGCAAGAAAUUGAAGAUGAACGUGCGGAGCUAGAUGCCGCAAGAGCAUCGGAUAAGUGGCAGGCCAAAAAAGACGUCAAGGUAGUAGAGGAACGGUACAAAUCUACACUAGAGCUCCUGAAGUCGGAGAGGGAGUCAAACAAGAAGCUAACACAGGAGAAUGAAUUGCUGCGGCAACAGCUGGAAGGAAUGACAACCCACAUGCGGGAAACGCAGAAGCUGCAAAAGGCAGAGACUAGUCGUUUGCGGCGUGAGAUUGAGUCCUUGACUCGGCGCAACGAAGAAUUACUAGAAAUGACAAGAGAGCAGCAGAUUGCCGCGCUCGAGAGCAGCUCUAAAGUUGCAGUGUCAGUGCCGCCAUUGCAGAUUGCGUCAAACGCUUGGCGCCAUGCCACUGCCAGUACCUCUAGUACUGGGCGAAGUAGCGAAGAAAACCACGUCGUCCCGGAGGUUCGCUCGACAGCUGGCAAUAGUAUAGAACAACAACACACUGACACCGCCUGGGGAAAGAAACAAAAACGCCUCAAUGAAGAAAAGGCGCGUAAGCGACUCGAAGCCGAGAAGAAGGAAGAGGAGCGCAAGCGGCUCGAGGCUGAGGAGAAGGAAAAGGAAAAGGAGCGCAAGAGGCUCGAGGCUGAGGAGAAGGAAAAGGAAAAGGAGCGCAAGAGGCUCGAGGCUGAGGAGAAGGAAAAGGAAAGGAGCGCAAGAGGCUCGAGGCUGAGGAGAAGGAAAAGGAAAAGGAGCGCAAGCGGCUCGAGGCUGAGGAGAAGGAGCGGCGAAGACAACAGCAGCAGCAGGCACAGGGGGGAGAAGCGGUGA